AUUUCGCCCAAAUCAGGGAGUAUUACAGAACUCUCAUGAGAGAGGGGUUUGUGUGCUCUCAACUGUUCCUCUAUCACCUUCAAACCCUAAUUUCCAUUAUUUUCAAUCUACGGAUCUCCGCCUCCAACACUGCCUGCCUUUCUCUAGAAACCUUCGCCGAUCGGUUUUUGUAGUAUUCGUCUGUUCGUUUUGGGUUUAACUACGCAGUCUGAUUGAGUUACGGCAAAAGACAGACGGUGGAGAGAGCGGAUUCGCGUCUUCUCGACGGAGAAAAGAAAUUCAUAAUCUUGAUUUUUUUUGCUUAGCGAACAAUGGCCGAGUUAGGGCAACAGACGGUGGGGUUCUCGACACUGGUUAGUCAUGCGGCAGAGGAAUCGUUCUUGUCACUGAAGGAGCUGGUUGAGAAAUCCAAGUCCACGGAGCAGUCUGAUUCGGAGAAAAAGAUUAAUCUUCUUAAAUACCUUGUUAAGACCCAGCAGCGCAUGCUCAGGCUCAAUGUUCUUGCCAAAUGGUGCCAACAGGUUCCGCUCAUACAGUACUGUCAGCAACUUGCAUCAACUCUAUCCAGUCACGAUACGUGUCUUGUCCAAGCUGCAGAUUCAUUGUUUUUCAUGCAUGAGGGACUUCAGCAAGCUCGUGCUCCUGUGUAUGAUGUUCCAUCUGCUAUUGAAGUCCUAUUAACAGGGUCUUAUGAGCGAUUGCCAAAAUGUAUAGAAGAUGUGGGCAUGCAGACCACAUUGACAGAGGAUCAGCAAAAACCAGCUUUAAAGAAGCUGGACAUGCUUGUUCGAUCUAAAUUACUUGAAGUUUCAUUGUCCAAAGAAAUUUCUGAGGUUAAAGUUUUUGAUGGAACUGCGCUACUUCGUGUGGAUAGGGAAUUUAAGGUGUUAGUUACUCUAGGCUAUCGAGGCCACCUAUCAAUGUGGAGGAUACUGCAUUUGGAGCUCCUUGUCGGUGAGAGAAAUGGACUUGUAAAGCUGGAAGAAACACGACGGCAUGCUCUUGGAGAUGAUUUAGAGCGCAGAAUGGCUGCUUCAGAUAAUCCAUUUGGGAUAUUGUACUCUGUACUCCAUGAGCUUUGUGUUGCCCUUGUUAUGGACACUGUCAUAAGGCAAGUGCAAGCCCUUCGGCAAGGAAGAUGGAAGGAUGCUAUUCGGUUUGAGCUUAUAUCUGAUGGUAAUGUGGGUCAUGGAGGUAGUUCAAAUUCUCUUCAACCAAACCAAGAAGGAGAAGGUGAUUCAGCUGGUUUACGAACUCCAGGGUUAAAAAUUAUUUACUGGCUAGAUCUGGAUAAAACCUCUAGCACAUCUGAACCAUCAACAUGUCCAUUUAUAAAGAUUGAACCUGGACUAGAUUUGCAGAUAAAAUGUCUUCAUAGCACAUUUGUUAUAGACCCAUUAACUGGAAAAGAGGCAGAAUUUUCUAUAGAUCAGAGUUGCAUUGAUGUUGAGAACUUGCUGCUUAGAGCUAUAUGUUGUAAUAGGUAUACUCGACUACUUGAAAUUCAGAAGGAUCUGGGGAAAAAUGUUCAGAUCUGUCGUGCUGCAGGUGAUGUUGUUCUUCAGUCCCACUUGGAAGAACCUGAUGUUGACUAUAAAAUGAAAGAUAACAAAUCCACUACCAGGGAAUAUGACGGACAGGAAGUACUACGUGUGCGUGCCUAUGGCUCUUCGUUUUUCACCCUUGGCAUAAAUAUAAGGAAUGGUCGCUUUCUUCUACAGUCAUCCCGAAAUAUUCUGGGACCUUCGGCACUGUUAGAAUGUGAAGAUGCUUUAAAUCAGGGGAGUAUGGCUGCAGCAGAAGUAUUUAUGAGCUUAAGAAGCAAAAGUAUUUUGCAUUUAUUUGCAUCUAUUGGAAGAUUUUUAGGUCUUGAGGUAUAUGAACAUGGUUAUGGUGCGUUAAAAGUACCCAAAAACCUUUUGGAAGGUUCAAAUAUAUUGUUGAUGGGAGUUCCGGACUGUGGGGGCUCUUAUUUCCUACUGUUGCAGCUUGACCAAGAUUUCAAACCCCUGUUUCGAUUGCUAGAAACUCAACCCAGCCAAUCUGGAAGGACUCAUUCUCUGAAUGACUCAAGUAAUGUGUUGCGUAUAAUGAAAAUUGACAUUAGCCAGAUACGGAUGCUUGAAGAUGAGCUGAAUCUUAGUCUACUGGACUUGGAAAAAUUAAAUUAUUUUCUACCUAUUGCUGGUGGCUCCAAUUCGGCUUCAGAUCAUGCUCUUCUUUCUGAAUUGAACUUUGAGGGUGCUGUGCAAAUUGCAGGAUAUCCACCAUCAAGUUUUUCAUCUGUUGUCGAUGAAGUGUUUGAACUUGAGAAAGGGGCAUGUGCUCCUCCUUUUCAUGUUCAGAACAUUUCUUCUUCAUUCGGUGCAUCUCCUGCUCCUCAUUUGGGCUCUAUUCCAACAAAUCUUCACUCUGUAAAUCCUGGAACUCCCCCUCCAAAGUGGGAGGUGCCCCAGAAUAAUGCGAAAUCUUCGAGUUUGGCCUCCCACUACCAUGGCUCCUUGUAUUCAUCUAGCAAUAUCAAGGGGCCAGUGCACUCCCAUUCUUUCAAUUCACUAUCUUCCGGCCCAGCAGGAAGCACUGCUGUGAAGAAACUGUCAGGUUCAAAAUCAGAUCAGGAUUUGGUAUCGCUUAAAUCUCCUAAUUCAGUUGAGCUUAGCUCUACUACUGCAAUGGAUGAAGAACAGCUGAGAUUUUUGAAUGAUUCAUCGAAGGAUGCAGUGUCAGUGGGUAGGUCAUCUAGGCUAUCAUCUUCACCACAGUUAACUGGCCCCCGAGUUUCGUUACCUAGUGCUAGACCUAAUGGUGCCAGAAGUUCACCUGGUGGUCUCUCAGAUGGAUCUUUAAGAAUUGGUGGAAUGAAUUUUUCCGGAACAACUUCUGCAGCCCAUGCAGCGGAUCCUGCAUGUAUUCACAGCUCAAGUCAUUAUGUUGUUUCCAAACCUGACAGUAAUCCACGAAAGCGAAUGGUUUCAGAUGUGUUGAAUUUUAUUCCAUCACUCAGGGGCAUUGGAUCCAAUGCAGGACCUUCUAAGAGAAGAAAAAUCUGUGAAUCAGCUCUUGCACAGCGGCCAUCACCACAGGCGUUGAUCACAACAGAAACUGUCUAUAAAAAGGAAGUAUACAGUUAUGGGAAUCUUAUAGCUGAAGCAAAUAAAGGGAAUGCUCCUCCCAGCAUUUAUGUUUCUACUCUUCUCCAUGUGGUCAGGCAUUGUUCUCUUUGUAUUAAGCAUGCCAGACUAACUAGCCAGAUGGACGCUCUGGAUAUUCCUUAUGUUGAAGAAGUGGGUCGUAGAAGUGCGUCCUCAAAUAUAUGGUUUCGCCUUCCAUUUGCCAGAGCUGAUACAUGGCCGCAUAUAUGCUUGCGACUUGGCAGACCUGGAAGCAUGUAUUGGGACGUCAAAAUAAACGAUCAACACUUCAGAGAUUUAUGGGAACUUCAGAAAGGAAGCAAUAACACAUCAUGGGGUUCUGGUGUUCGCAUUGCUAACACAUCUGAUAUAGAUUCACAUAUCCGUUAUGAUCCAGAUGGCGUUGUCUUGAGUUAUCAGUCUGUUGAAGCAGAUAGUAUAAAGAAGUUAGUGGCAGAUAUUCGAAGACUAUCUAAUGCUAGAAUGUUUGCCCUUGGAAUGAGGAAGUUGCUUGGUGUACGAGCUGAUGAGAAAUCAGAAGAUAGCAAUGUAAACUCUGAUAUGAAAGCACCAGUUGGAGGAAAAGGUGUUUUUGAAGCUAUGGAUAAAAUGUCGGAGCAGAUGAGGAGGGUAUUUAGAAUCGAGGCAGUUGGACUAAUGAGUUUGUGGUUUAGCUUUGGUUCGGGUGUGCUAGCUCGUUUUGUUGUUGAGUGGGAAUCGGGGAAAGAGGGUUGCACUAUGCAUGUUUCCCCUGACCAACUUUGGCCUCAUACUAAGUUCUUGGAAGAUUUCAUAAAUGGGGCUGAAGUUGCAUCCCUUUUGGACUGUAUUCGCCUUACUGCUGGACCCUUGCACGCUCUUGCAGCAGCAACUCGACCGGCACGAGCUGGUCCAGUUCCUGGAGCCCCUGGUGUAGCAGCUUUUGGUUCUAUCCCGAAACAGGCUGGGUAUGUCCCACCACAAGGACUUCUGCCCAGCAAUUCCACUUCAAAUAUUGGUCAAUCCUCUUCUGGCCCCAUAGGGAACCCUCCUGUAUCAACUGCUGCUAGUUCUCUUGGAAAUCAUAGCCUUCAUGGCGCUGCAAUGUUAGCUGCUGCUGGGCGAGGUGGUCCUGGCAUUGUCCCCAGCUCGCUAUUGCCCAUCGAUGUUUCCGUGGUGCUACGUGGUCCCUACUGGAUACGAAUCAUUUACCGCAAGCAUUUUGCAGUUGAUAUGCGCUGCUUUGCUGGCGAUCAGGUUUGGUUGCAACCAGCAACACCGCCAAAGGGAGGCCCAUCAGUUGGUGGAUCAUUACCUUGUCCACAAUUUCGACCUUUCAUUAUGGAGCAUGUUGCCCAAGAAUUGAAUGGAUUAGAACCUGGUUUCACCAGUGGUCAACAGGUGGUUGGGCUGGGAAAUUCAAGCAAUCAGAAUCCAGUUUCAGGCUCACAAUUGUCUAGUGCAAAUGGAAAUCGAGUUGGCCUGCCAGGCUCAGUUGCGAUAUCUAGGGCUGGUAGCCACGCUACCGGUGUGAACCGUGUUGGGAAUGCUCUUUCAGUAUCAUCAAAUUUGGCAAGUGUUUCCACUGGAUUGCCUGUACGUAGAUCCCCAGGGACUGGUGUCCCAGCACAUGUGAGAGGAGAAUUGAAUACAGCUAUUAUUGGUCUAGGUGACGAUGGAGGGUAUGGAGGUGGAUGGGUUCCCCUUGUUGCUCUCAAGAAGGUUCUAAGAGGUAUUCUUAAGUACCUUGGCGUGCUCUGGCUAUUUGCGCAGUUACCAGACCUUUUGAAAGAGAUCCUAGGGUCAAUUUUGAAAGACAAUGAAGGAUUGCUUUUAAAUUUGGACCAGGAACAGCCAGCAUUGCGAUUCUUUGUGGGGGGAUAUGUGUUUGCAGUAAGUGUUCACAGAGUUCAACUUCUUCUUCAAGUCCUUAGUGUUAAGCGUUUCCAUCAUCAGCAGCAGCAACAACAGCAAAACUCUGCAAGUGCACAAGAGGAACUAUCUCAAUCUGAAAUAGCAGAGAUAUGUGACUAUUUCAGUCGUCGUGUUGCAUCAGAGCCCUAUGAUGCUUCUCGUGUUGCAUCAUUCAUUACACUCCUUACCUUGCCCAUUUCAGUUUUAAAGGAGUUUUUAAAAUUAAUUGCAUGGAAGAAAGGAUUAACUCAGACCCAAGGUGGAGAAGUAGCUCCUGCACAGAAACCUCGUAUUGAAUUAUGUCUGGAAAAUCACAAUGGCUUCAAAAUGGAUGAGAACUCUGAAAACUCAACCACAGCCAAGAGUAACGUCUACUAUGAUCGGCCUCAUAACUCCGUUGAUUUUGCAUUGACUGUUGUUCUUGAUCCUGCUCACAUACCUCAUCUAAAUGCCGCUGGUGGUGCUGCUUGGUUGCCUCACUGUGUGUCUGUGCAAUUGAGAUAUUCAUUUGGUGAAAACUCUAAUGUUUCUUUCCUUGGUAUGGAAGGAAGCCAUGGAGGCCGAGCUUGCUGGGUGCGUGUUGAUGACUGGGAGAAAUGUAAACAGAGAGUUGCUCGAACAGUGGAAGUUAAUGGGAGUUCUGCUGGAGAUGUUGCUCAAGGAAGGUUAAGAAUUGUUGCAGAUAGCGUGCAAAGGACACUUCAUUCUUGCCUUCAAUGCCUGAGGGAUGGCAGUGGAGUUAUUUCAAGUUCCGGGCCGACAUGAGCUUUGGGACACUGCUAACCAGUAGAUAUCUUUAAUGAUUUGGGAUGUUAGUGGGAGUGCUUUCUUUCAGCUGCCAUUAGGUUUGAUGACCUCAUUACAGAUGCAAGUCCUGGUGACAUGAUUCUCUGGUGAAGAUUUGAGCAACUAUGUUACUGAUUUUGCAGCAGACUGGUAAUGAAAUUGCUGUUGGUGUGGUGUGUUCUAUAAAGAGUAGCUUGGUUGAUUUUGUGAUAGGUUAUACCCUGUUGUUGGAGAUAAGGUUAAUGUUAGCAGUCGUUUCCCCGUACAGAGAUAACACUUGGUAGACAGAUUUUGUAAAAAAAAUAAAUUCUGUUAAGAGCUGUUGUAUAAUUCAAUGGACAUUAGCAAGAUGUCUAAUUGGUCUCUAGAGUACCCUUUUGGAGUGUGUUUGGACAUCAAUGAUUCAAUGAUCACAUGUUUUUAACCCAAUAUCUA